UCUUCAUACAAACUCUUAUAUUACGCUUGGGUGACCUGUGGUCGGGCGAGGGAAGACAAGUAAACGCAAAAUAUAUUUUUUGAAAAUUAAAACUUCUGGUUUAUCCGCGAAAAUAAUUUGGGAAUAUAUCUGUUCGUUUUUACAGAUGGAGGACACCUCAUCAUCAACGGAUGUUAACUCAUCUUCAUCUCACCGACAGCAGUUUACUGCUCAAGAUCUGCAGCAUGUUCUGUAUGACAGAAAUCCUGUUAAGAUUGUUCAUGUUUACGGCAACAUCAAUGAAAGCAGGGUUGAUUGCUCAGACCAGGAACCCAAGAUAUCAACUGCAAGGCAAGGUAAUGAAGAAACGACAGUUACCAUAGAAACCGGCUCUAGAAAGUCCCCAAGAACGAACGCAAAGCUAAGCUAUGCUGUGGCUUCGUUCCCGGAUGAAGUAAAACUGUGUAUAUCAGGCAUACCUGGAGCUGGUUAUGGAGUUUGCGCCAAACAACAUAUCCCGGUGGGAACAUGGAUUGGUCCAUACGAAGGAAAGCACGUUUCUAUUGAUGACGUCACAUCUGAUAUGGACACGUCAUACAUGUGGGAGAUAUACGAGGAUUGUAAAUUCGUGUAUUGUUUGGAUGGAAGUGAUAAGAAUUGUUCAAGCUGGAUGCGGUUUAUACGUUGCGCUCGACACAAACAAGAGCAAAACCUGUUUGCAUUCCAGCAUGACAUGAGCAUUUUCUAUCGAGCAUUCCGAGACAUACCACGUGGUACAGAGCUACUAGUGUGGUACGAUGACAACUAUCUGCAGCACAUGGGGAUACCCGUGGGGGGCUGGGUCAAGGAUUUUUCACAGCAUUUACCCGGGAAGAUAUCAAGUGUGAAACAUCCUGUUGUCGUUCGUUUGUCACGCGAACGAGAAUCACUGGGUGAACACGACAUUCCAUUUGACGCUGAUAGCACUUCCAGAGCAAGCCGCGUGGAGGAAAGAAAGUCUUCUACACAAACGGUUUACAGUUUGCUUCCUCGAGAAUCUUGUAGGCGCCUUCUUGACGAAUCUUCGCCUUCAGAAGGACUGAGACCCAUCAAGAGAUUCAGAAUGCAACAAGAAAACGGUAACAGCAACCCACUCAGUCACAACGUUACAAAGUCAAGCGCAGGAAUUCAAGAAGGUGCUGGUUACCGCAAGAUAUACGAUAAAGUACUGGAGAACAUUGGGGAAGGAGACGAAUUCCAGUGUGGCCAGUGCAAAAUGACCUUCACUCAGAGAUCCCUCCUGAACAACCAUCUCUGCUCGCGCAUGCCCUGUAAACCUUACAGAUGUGGUCAUUGCCAAGAAUCGUUUGCGCAACCGAAAGAACUGCGCAUGCACGCCAUCGUGCACGUCAGCGAGAAACCAUUUAAGUGCGGUUACUGUUUGCGAUCGUUCUCAGGAGCGACAACUUUAAAUAACCACGUGCGCACGCACACAGGCGAGAAGCCAUUCUUAUGUGAGCGGUGUGGCAAAUCGUUUACGCAGGCUUCCCAACUAAGUCGACAUCGAAGGAUCUGCUUGGAACAUAUUGAUUAGGAGAGUGAUCCAAAUCGCUCCCUGAAAUUAUGGAAACUUUAUUUGGUUAAUUCAAGUUUGUACACAAUCUCUACAAAGUUGAAUUUCGAGUGCGGUAUAAUUUACAGCGAAACUCCUUAAUUAAUUUGACGCUAACCUUUUAAUACCCUGCGAGUCCCUCACAGAAAAGGUUAAUUGACGAAAAAUAAUAUAUAAUUUGAUUUGAGAAAUAAUAGUACUGCCCAAAUGCUAGCAUGACCAAUGGUGGAAUUGAUAGAAAUCGAACAGCAACACUCACAUCUCUAACAUCAUCGAAAAACAUUACAAUUUGGUGCUCUCUUCUAACCGCUGCAAAAACGUUUUUCAGCAUUUGCCCGUUGUAGCCUUCAGACGCUCCUCCAACCUUCGUGACUUACUAGUUACAGCUAAACUCUCUUCUAACUCUGCCAAUCCCCAACUUCCUUCUGGUUCUUUCCGUUGUGGCAAAAACUGUGCUACGUGUCCCUACAUUUCUCACGGACUUACUACAUACACCUUCUUUUCUACCGGGGAAACGCGCCCCUUAAAAUCUAACCUGACCUGUGACACUAAAAACCUCAUCUACAUGAUUCAAUGUAACCGCCGUUAUUCACAAUACAUAGGAGA